AUGCAAAACGCAGCAGAGCCCUCCUCAAAGGCGACUGCCGCCAACAACGCAGCGUCUGUUCCAUGCGAUCUUCCUCAAAGCUUUGGAUCGGUGGAGGUCCGUCCCGCCGGGGCCAUGGGCAACGGGCUGUUUGCCACCUGCGACAUACCUGCUGGCAGCAGGAUCCUGGCCGAGACGGCCAUGUUUGCCUUGUCCCGUACCUAUCAUGGGCCUGACUGUGUAAAUGCGUUCUGCACCGAGUUGCAGCGACUGUCGCUGGCCGAGAAGAAGGCGUUUGACGAGCUCUAUCACAGCACCUACCACAUCACCCCUGUGCUACGAAGCAAGGUCCGUGAAUGGUACAAGCACAACGUAGUGACCGACACAGAUGGGAGUGUGCUCAAGGGAAAGAGGCUUCAAGACGUCUCGAAAGCGACCGUGAAGCGAUUUGCUAAAUUCUUCAACAACUUUGUGGAAAUGGACCCCAAAGACGCUCAUGGCGGCCUGUUUGCCCUUUCCAGCCGCAUCAAUCACUCUUGCAUUCCCAAUGCCCACCAGUCGUACAAUCCAACCAUUGGCCGUCUCACUGUUCAUUCGAUUCGUGCCAUUCGUCCUGGCGAACAAAUCACCGUCAGCUACUUCGAGAAUGCUUGCCGGCCGAAGCCGGAGCGAGCCUUCCUUCUCCAACGACGUUGGCGCUUUUCAUGCUCCUGCCUCGCGUGCACCGAUCCAGGCAUCGAAAAUGGCAGGAAGCGCAUGCGCCAGCUGGACCAACGCCUCGCAGUCUAUGCUUGUCCAUUGGCUCGCUUCAUUCUCCGUAUGGACUCGCCGGAGAACGACAGCGAGGCACUUGACGACGCCCAGGAGCUCAUCACGCUUCUCAAAGAGCAAGGCCUAGAAGAAAUGGGGCUUUGCAACACGUAUCGAGCGUGCUCCAAGUUCAGCCUCGCACUGGGCGCCUGGAAGGCCGCCAAGGACUUUGCCGUGCGCGAACUUGAACUUGAGCGACGCCUCAUUGGGACGGAAACGGAGCACUUGGGGCAUGAGGGCGCAGAAUUUUGGUUGCGGCUGUUAACAGUAUUUGCGAGCGACGCAUUUGCCCACGUUACCGAACUCCAGGAAUGA